AUGCAGUCUCCGGACAAUGACGCCUCGCCAAUCGAGUCGCUCCCCGCCAUGCCCAUGGCCGCCUCGACGGGGAGACCGCCCAAGAGGCAGUCAGUGCCCGAAGGCCACCCGCUGUCACAGUCUGAGGUUACCUUGCCGUAUCGAAGGUCCAACCCGUCCAUCGCGCCGCUCUUCGCCUCCACUUUGACUCCUCCCGGAUCACGAUCGGGGUCCCCCAUGGGGAGAGGCUCGCCAGCCCGCAGCACAAUGUCUGGCUCCAUCUUCGGCGGGCCAGCAGCUCGCUCACUCAUCGAGAACGCUUCUGACAGCCCCGGCGAUCCGCGGAAUCUGAUUAUGAAAGCCUACGUUCCCCAUGUUGCGAUUUAUGCCUCGCCAGAUACCGAGGAGCUCGCGAGUGACAAGGGUUUCAAGAACGGGUUGUGGGAGCUCCUGCGCCCAUUCGGAGAACAGGUGCAGGGCAAGGUCACUAUCAGAGACAGCAACGGCGCCAGCAGAUCUUGGGAGGACUAUUCGAUUCGAUUCACCAAGUUUGGAGACAAUAUCGAGCUACCGGGUGCGAGCGGCACGCACGGCACGCAAUCUGCCGCGACCAAUGGACAAGGCGGAUCUAUGUCGAAUUCAAGGAGCCAUUACGAUGACGUCGAAGCUGUGGUGAACAGCCAUCUCUCCUAUGCCGAAGAAUCAUUCCUCAACGCCCCACACCACGGAUUGACGAGACAGGGUCUGGAUGUGGAGGCUACUUCGCCAUACUACUCAUUAUAUCUGCGGAGACUGUUGUCGGGCAUACCCGUGUCACCCCAUGAGACAUUUGCGCAUCCAGUGGCCUGCGUGAUUGCCAUCAGUUCGCGGAGUCCAUCCCCGAUAGAAGACCUGCGCAAAUUAUACAACGACACAAGCACUGGUGAGAAUAGGCUGCCGGUCUGGGUAGACGGAGACUAUCUUCGAUACUACGUUUUGGUACAUGACGAAGAGCGCGACGACGUCACCCGGUCACUAGCUUUAUUCGACCAAAUGAAGCGUCAUCUUGGCCUGCAUUGCCAUUUGCUACGCUUGAGAAGCACGCAGAGCGCGGAGACUGACGACGAUAGCAUACCUCUGCCGCGGAGCGAUUGGAUGUCGGCAGCCGAAGAAUUAACAGACAUUCAAAACAGCGAGGAGCGAGAAGACUUCGAAGACCCAACAAGAUACAUCUUCGAGUCGGAUGCCACAGCGAUCCGCACCUUUGUGAGAGAAAUGGUGACGCAGUCCAUUAUACCUACCAUGGAGCGCCAUGUGUCGCUUUGGAACGACCAAGUCGCAUCUCGUAGGAGGGGCAUCACGGGAAGGUUCAUGAAUCUGUCGCGGAAAUGGGGAGGCUUCGGCAGUAGCUCGAGAAAUUCCGUCGUGGGCGGCAGCGGUUCGUCAAGCGCAUAUGACGCGCUCGGAUUCUACCGGCCGGAUGCAUCAGAAGCUAUCAUGCGAAAGCUAGCCGACUUCGCCUUCAUGCUCAGGGACUGGAAACUGGCACACUCGACGUACGACCUCCUUCGGUCCGACUUCAGCGACGCAAAGGCCUGGAAGUAUCACGCGGCAGCCAACGAGAUGGCCGCCGCCAGUCUCCUCAUUAUGCCGCAAAAUCUGCCUUCAAAGUCUCGCGCCGAGACGAUUGACCAGAUGUUGGAAGCGGCCUUUUAUUCUUAUUACACACGUUGCAGCUCUCCGUUUGGCGCGCUGAGAUCUCUGACGCUCGGCAUCGAGCUUCUGCGGCUCAGGGGUGGCAGCAGCGUCGACGACGCCGUGCGAUGGGGCAUCCGGCUCCUCGACUCCAAGAUCCUCGGCCCCGUCGGUGACGCCCUCAUGAAGGAGCGACUUGCCGUCUGCUACGCCUCGAAACCUGGCGUCGGCUCCGGCUCGUGGGGACACCGGAAGCGCAAGUCGGCCAUGUGGUGCAUCCUCGGCGGUGAAGCCUGGGACCUCCAGCAAAAGUACAUCCAGUCCCAAAGAUGCCUCAACGAGGCCUCGCGGAUCUACUCGGAACUCCCGCACGAGAACGGCGUCUCCAAGUUCAGCCUCGCCAACGAUUUUGUUGCGGGUCUACAGCACCAGCUCGAUGAGAAGCUCGACGCGGACGACGGGGCUGGCGGCGACGAAUCGCUGUCGCAGGACGUGGAGGAGGUUCUCAUUGACGAGGAGAGCGAGGCGUUGGACUUCAGGUCGAGGAGAACGAGCAUGAUGGGUCGUGGAGGGGCGCCGGUCGCGAGCCUUGAGACUGCGCCGUUACAUGAGGUUACGUCGCCUGUCAGGGAGAAGGGGGAUGGUUCGGUGCAAGACGAUUUUGGCUAA